AUGACAACUGUUUCAUCAUCGAAUUCACCAUGUUUAUUAUAUAUUUUAUAUUCAUUUGAUAUAUCACAAAUGAAUCAAAAAGAUAUAAAAUUAGAUCAACUAUCAUUACCGAUUAAUGAUAGCUCAUCAAAAUCAAUUUGUCGUGUUCAAAAUUAUUCAAGUGAUCAAAUAUUAACUGAUAUAACAAUGAAUACAUCUAUUCGAAGUAGUUUUCUUAAAUCACCAAUACAUCGAAAUGUUUUAGGACCUGUUUUGGAUACAUCAGGUUAUUUAAAUGUUGGUCCACAUGUAAUAAUAUCUAACAUAUUAAAUUAUCGAUUUCUAUGGUCUGAUGAUGAUGAUGAUAAUCAAUUAUUAGAAGAUGCAAUCAAUGUAAUUAAAGGUUUACUUAAUUAUGAUUCGAUUUUACGAUUUCAAUUAGACGAUCUAAAAAAGGACUCUAUUUCUCUUAAUAUAAUUGAUUGGAAUAAUUUAGCCAAUGUACCACCACCAUUUAUUUCAAUACCUGAUAAUGAUUCAGAUACAUUCUAUUUUGUAGCUCGAAAUAAAGCAAUUGGUUUCAAUGAAGAAUCGAUUGAUAAUAUGUCGUUGUAA